CUUCAGUCGAGCACAAGCGUAAUGAUAAAAUGGAGUACUCAUUUAUACAUGCAAGUUUGUACACAAAUUUUAAUUAAGUAAAAAUUUCGCGUAGUUUAAGUUCGCCGGUAUCGGAGUGUCGUAGUGAGUGCGACUGUUUGUGAAAUGCAUCGAGUGGCGAUCGCGACGAUCGCAUCGCUGGAUUGAAGUGCUUCGGUUCCGUGUACAUACAACACACACAUCCGUCGUCGGCUCGGUUGGUCAGCGAGCAGCAAGCGGUGAGCGCGGUGAUAUUGGGAUUUUCGGGAAGCGGUGUAUGCCCGGCCUGAGAGACCGACGGUGUCCAUGAGAUGCUGUAAUGAGAUGAGCAUCAACGAGGCCCCGAUAUGUGCCGCAUAAAGCGAUGGAGUCAUACGACCUAUUCGGCGAAGAUGGAGGUAUGUUGGAAGGCCUGCCCGAACUGGGUAAUGAUAAUUUCGAGUCAGCGGUGACUGGAGCGCGCAAUGCAAAUCCAUCGUUUCCGCAACAGCAACAGCCACAGCAGCAACAGCCUACCUACUCACAGGUACACGCAAGGAAAAAUUUGCAGCAGCAACAAGAAACUCCGCUGCAAAAGUUGGCAUCAUUUGGUGGUGGAGGCGAGUUCAACCACAUGGAUCCGAACGCGCAGAACAUGUACGCGCAAGGGUACGGCGGCGACCGGCCGAUGGGUCCGCCGGGAGCCGGUUAUCCGCAGCAUCAGCGACAAAUGGCUCGUCCACCCGCCCCACAAGGGGGGACGAGUCAGUAUCCCUAUCAGCCGGAUAAUAUGUAUUCCAUGCCCGAUCAAAUGAGUAUGCAAGCAGCAGCUGCACAAGGUUGGUCCCAGCACAGCGGUUAUCCAAUGCACCGAUAUCAGCAGAUGAACGCCGCCUACCGGCAGCAGCACAUGGGGUACCAACAAGAGCAGCAGAAACAGCAGUAUCCGCCGACGCAACAUCCAAUGAUGCAGCAACCGCACCAAACAAGCUAUCCCAUCCAACAAAGACACGCUGCAUCACAUUAUCCUCAAGGCACAUCGUAUCCCAGCGCCGCGCAAGCUGCCGCUCAGGCGGCGUACGGCGGUUAUAUUCAUCAACGUAUGCCACAUCAUCAUCAGUAUCCGCAAACGCACCAUCAGAUGGACAUGAGCGCUAGUCAAGCGCAGCAGUAUAACCACAUGGGCCACAGCCAGGCUAUGUCGCAUGCCGCACACGGCGGAGCGCCGACGGGCCACAUGGGACAAACGCAUCCGGGUCAUCCAGCGGCUCAAACACAUCCAGUUCAUGCGGCGGCACAGGCGCAUCCGGGUCACGCGGCGGCGCAGUCGCAUGUACCACCGACACAACAAAGUCACGUACCUCAAUCACAUGCCCCGCCGACGCACGUUCCUCAAACGCACGUCGCUCCUACUCAGCAACAGCAGCCGCAACAACAACCACCGGCACAACAGAAUCCAAUGGUGCAUCCGGGCAUGGGAUACCACCAGCCUACGAUGCAACAAAUGCAACAGCGUGGUAUGGACGGGCCACCGGCGUCCGCAAGCCAGCAAUUUCAAGCGAAGCAUAAUCAGAAUCCGAUGGGUAACGCGAGUCCGCAGUAUCGUGCGCCUUUCCCGCAGCUAUCGCCACAAAUGUCCCCGCGACCGCAGAUGUCACCGCGUCCGCAAGCGCCACAAAUGUCCCCGCGGCCGGUGAUGUCACCUGCAAAACCCAACUUAUCACCACACCCACAAAUGCAGCAAUCGACGUUAAGUCCAAGACCUGCUACUAGUUUAACACCUAAGGCCACCGCUUCGCCCGCACCAGUACCAAAUUACUCGCAGCAGAGUACGCUGCAGGCUCUCGAACAGAUGGUUAUGCCGCCUUCUAGUACUAACACAAACGAAUAUCCUUACCAGCGAAACGCAUUGGGACCGUCGGUGGUGCCAAACCAGAUACCUGUUUCAUCACCGCAUGUUCGUAAUCAAAUGGAUCAAUGGGGACAACCACAACCUCCCCAGCAACAGCAACCUCAAGCUGUACAGCCACAAGCCGUGCAACGUCAGCACGUGCCUAGCAUGAACGGUAUGAACAUGAUGGACCAGAACCCGAUGGCGCAGAGUCAGCAACCAAUGCCGCCUACUCAGCAGACACUGCCUCCUACACCGAACAUCCCGAGCAGUAUACAGAAUACUCAGAUGAGCAUGUACAAAGACGACUUACGUUCUGACAUGAAGUCGCAAAUUCAUGCGCCCGAAUUAAGUCAACAAUCUCAAGUACCACAACAACAGAUGCCGCAACCUGUACAGCAGCAGAUGAUGCGCAGCGAGCCACAACAGUCCGAGUUGAGCGUGCAGAGUCCCACGACAAGCAUGCCUGAUAAACUGCCCAGUAGUACGACGCACGUGGACGUUCAUAAUUCGAAUAGUAUAGGAAUGUCCUCAUCGCAUCCGUCGACACCUACCCCGUCUAGCACGACGGACGAUCUAGCCAACAGUACCAAUCAAGACUCAUUGCUUGCUGAUAAACAAAACGAAGACUCCUUGCUAUCGCAAUCGAGUAGUCAAGGUUUCGGCGACUAUAAUACGGUUACGUCUAUGACACAAAUGUAUCAGCAACAAAUGGUGCAGAAACCAAAGCAGAUGGACGAUUUGAUGCCUUCAAACGUGUCUUCAGUAUUUUCGCAGGAUUCAAUGACGACAUUGCCACACGCGCAUCCUCACGAUGUUGGCGAUUCGCAGAGUAUUUUGCAACAAAUUGGUCAAACGCAAUCGCAAACGCAGAAUAUGAUGAACCAACAACAAAAUACGAACCAAAUGAUGACUGGACAGCAUGGACGACAUGAACACGCACAACACGCGCAGCAAAAUCAGUCCUUGUCAAUGCUAUCGUCGGUUCAACAGUCGCAGACGCCGUCGGUGAUGCAACAGCACAGUCUGCCUUCAAUGCAACAACAAACAUCCAACCUGCAUGGCAGUAUGCAACAGACCCAGCAACCGUCAGCGCAGUCCCAGCUCUACGAUCAGAAUGCACAGCAGCACAUGAUGGGCGCAAAUGGGAUGGCGAUGAAUCGUGGUAUGCAUCAAGGGAUUACACCGAUGUCGCACCAAAAUAUGAAUAUGGGAAUGCCCACGUCCAUGAUGCCCAAUAUGCAACAGCAACCACAACAUACUAUAAUGCCCACGGAAAACAUGGGCUACCAACCACCUAUUAGUCAUCACCAAGAACGGGCGGCUCUGCAGCAACAACUUCAGGAACUUUAUUGUAUGCCACCUGCCCCUGAACAUCAGGAAAAGAUUGUUAACUUACAAGAACGAUUAAGUAUUCUAACGCAACAUGAGCAAACCGAACAAUGUAAUGGUGGACCACAAUGCGUUUUACAAAGUCCAAUCUUCACCUCGCCUAUGAUUGACAGUCCGCAGGUGACUAGUACGACUGGAAGAGGUCGUGGACGUGGUGCCCCAAAGACUAAGAAACCUAGAAAACACAAGGGCGAGAAAGGUAUGUCUCCCAUUCCUAUGUCACAUAUGAAUAAUAUGAGUCCGAUGGGAUCACUUUCACAUCAAUUGCCUGUCUCAGAGGACUGCGUAACACCGGGCGCUGGUUUGAACUUGCCAUCCAGUGAUAUGUCUGAGAUGACAGAACUCGGGUCAGAUCCUUUCGGUGAUGACUUUGAUGAUGAAAAACCUAAAAAACGUGGAAAGAAAGGAAGAAAGCCAAAGGGAGACAAGUCGCCUAAAGAAGCUAAAACACCGAAAACGCCCAAGGAACGAAAGAAACGUGAACCAAAGGAACCAAGAAUUAAGAGAAAGUACGUGCGCAAGAACAAGAAAGAAGUUGAUGAGAGCAUUACGGACGAUUCUUUUAGUAAAAGCUUCGAAAACGGUGAUGACCUGGAGAAUGAUAAUGAUGAAUUAGAACGCGAACCGACGGAGUUGAUUGAACGAGAUACCGAUUCUAAACCGCUGUUAUCGGAAUCUGAAAACACGAUGGAAAAGAUCGAGCCUGAGACUACAACGUUUUCUUCUCCGGAACCGGGUCCACCUUUACUUGAACCUGAAAUAACACAGGAUCCCUUGGAGAAUAUCGAAACUCCUGAGGAUAAUGAGACUGAACUUGAAGAAGAUACUGAUGUCAAAGAACCUCCUCAAAGUGAAGACGAUGCACCUCUUAUUGAUUCCCAAAAUAACCUUGAAGAUGGCUAUGUGGUAGAAAAAGAAGAAAUUGAACUGGAAGAACAGGUAUCAGCGGUCUUGAAUGAACCUACAACUACUGAAAAUUUCGAACCUAAGGAAGAAGAGGAGGAGGAUGAAGAUGAAAAGGCAGAAGAAGUUGAAGGUGCUACACAAGAUGAAGGUGAAACAUCUCUUGGGGAGAAAUCUGAAACAGCUGCAGAAGGUGAAGAGGAAGCAACCACAGAGAAGACUGAUGAAGAGAAGAAGAAAGACGAAUAUGCAUUUGAUGACAAUUCCAGUCCGAAGGAGAUUGAAGAGCUGCCCAAGAGAACUCCACGACGAUCAAAGCCCAGUUCAAGUUCAAGAAGUCGAGUAUCAUCAAGUAGUAAAAAGCGUUCUGGUAAAAGCAAACGGCGUAAAGGUGCUAUGGAACUCUUAUCCGAAGGUGAAGGUGAGGACAUGCCAACAACACCUCCGAGAUCUCCACCAGCCGAAGAAGAUAAUUCUAAUAAACGUCGCUCAGCGAGGAACACUCAACGCAAGAAAUACAUUGAUGAUGUUAUGCUACGGUUUAGUGACGACGAGGCCCCUGUCUCCUCGAACUCUAAUAAGAGCAAAAAGAGUGGCAGUUCAUCAGCUUCUGCAGUAGCUCCAGCGGCUGGAAAUAAAGAUUCUGAAGAAACCCCGGUUGUUGAAACCAACGCUAACAAACCCAAUUUUGUUUAUGUAAAUACCACCGAAGAGGACAGUAUGGUUGUUCAUCACAUUUUGAUAUCUCGAAUGGGUAAGCGACCAAAGAGGCCACCGGCGCCUCCCCCUGCUCCUGCACUACCUAAAGACGAUAUGAAAGAAGUGGCCGAAGAAGGCUUAGAGAAACCCGAAGACGGGGAAAAUAAAGAAAAUAAAGAUGAGGUGAAAAUUGAAGGUGAGGACGAUGUAGGAAAGGAUGGCAAUGAAGGUAGCACAGAUGAGAAACAUGAUAUUGAAAACAAAACCGAGGAAGAAAAGGUAGCGAAAACAAAAAUUGAGAAGGAUGACGAACUUCUAGAGGAGGAUAGUGCUGAACAAGAAAAGGCACCCAAAUCUGUGGAGGGCGAGGAUAUGUUAGAAGACUUCAGUGAAAAACAAGUCAAGGAUGUUGCUACGGAAGUGUCCGAGUCCGCUAAACCGGAAUCUCUUGAUGAAGAUUCAAAUGUUAAAGACGGUGAUCAAAUGGAAGUAGAUGAAAAGAAGGCGGCUGCUGAAGUAGUACCAGUUGAUAAAUUGGAUCAGGAUGCAGUGCCCAAGGAAGGCAAAGGUGAUGGCGAUGAUUCCACCGAAGAAAACAAGGACUCAGUUGAACCUAAAACGGAGAAUAAUGAAGAUAAACUUAUCGAUUCGACGGAGUCGAAAGGUGUCGACGAUGACAAAAGGGAGGAGGAAGAAGUCGAAAUGAUCGACGUUGAAGAAUACUACGUCAAAUAUCGCAACUUUUCGUAUCUCCAUUGCGAAUGGAAGACUGAAGAAGAGCUUUAUAAAGGCGAUAAACGCAUCUCUAACAAAAUUAAACGCUUUCGUCAAAAGCAAGCGACACAGAUGAACAUUUUCGAAAAUCCCGAAGACGAGCCUUUCAAUCCGGAUUACGUUGAAGUGGACAGGGUGUUAGACGCUGCCGUUCACACCGAUCCUAUUACUAAAAUUACUGUACGUCACUAUCUUGUAAAAUGGCGUUCUCUGCAAUAUGAAGAUAGCACCUGGGAGUUGGAAGAAGACGUAGAUCCCGACAAAAUUAAACAAUUCGAAAGAUUCCGUAAAGUGCCACCACGCUCCGAAUGGAAAAUGAAGAAACGUCCAUUGCCGGAACAGUGGGACAAACUGGAUAAGUCGCCUAUUUAUAAGGGUGGCAACAGUUUGCGCGAGUACCAACUGGAGGGUCUAAACUGGUUAACGUUCUCGUGGUAUAAUGCUCGCAACUGUAUCUUGGCCGACGAAAUGGGUCUUGGGAAAACAAUUCAGAGUUUAACAUUUUUGCACGCUGCAUAUAAAUAUGGUAUUCGAGGUCCAUACUUGGUCAUUGCACCAUUAUCCACAAUACCAAAUUGGCAACGUGAAAUUGAAAGCUGGACAGACAUGAACGUGGUGGUUUAUCACGGAUCGGCAGCUAGUCGGAACAUGUUGCAAGAAUACGAAAUGUAUUAUAGGAAUGAUAAGGGAAACAUUAUCAAAGACAUGACAAAGUUCAAUAUACUGAUUACAACUUUUGAAAUAAUUGUUACCGAUUUCGCCGAUUUGAAACCAUUCAAUUGGCGCAUUUGCGUCAUUGAUGAAGCCCAUAGACUUAAAAAUCGUAAUUGUAAAUUGCUCGAAGGUCUUCGCCAGUUAAAUCUCGAACAUCGCGUUCUACUUUCUGGCACGCCCUUGCAAAAUAAUAUCAAUGAGCUCUUCUCAUUGCUCAACUUUCUUGAACCGGCGCAGUUUCCUUCGUCGGAGGCAUUUCAGCAGGAUUUUGGUGCAUUAAAAUCAGAAACGGAAGUAGAAAAGUUACAAACUAUUCUUAAACCGAUGAUGUUAAGGCGAUUGAAAGAAGACGUCGAAAAAAGUCUCGCCCCGAAGGAAGAAACCGUAGUUGAAGUGGAAUUAACGAAUAUUCAGAAGAAAUACUAUCGUGGCAUUCUCGAAAGGAACUUUUCUUUUCUGUCCAAGGGCACCACACACGCAAACAUUCCGAAUCUUAUGAACACAAUGAUGGAAUUACGUAAAUGUUGCAUACAUCCUUACCUACUAAAUGGAGCAGAAGAACAAAUUCAGUACGAGUUUAAAAACCAACAUGGAGAGGAUAGCGACUCCUAUUACAAAGCUCUGAUUAAUAGCAGCGGUAAAAUGGUACUGAUUGAUAAGUUGCUGGCUAAACUAAAAGCAAAUGGCCAUCGCGUGCUUAUCUUCUCACAAAUGGUUCGUUGUUUGGAUAUCCUUGAAGAUUACCUAAUGUAUCGAAAGUAUCCAUUUGAACGCAUUGAUGGUCGAAUUCGCGGUAAUAUGCGACAAGCUGCUAUUGAUCGAUAUUCGCGACCCGAUUCAGAUCGUUUCGUAUUUUUGCUUUGCACGAAAGCUGGUGGCUUGGGUAUUAAUUUAACCGCUGCUGACACGGUCAUUAUCUAUGAUAGUGAUUGGAAUCCUCAAAACGAUCUGCAGGCACAGGCGCGUUGUCAUCGUAUUGGCCAACGAAAAAUGGUUAAAAUCUAUCGGCUACUAUGCAGGAAUACGUAUGAGCGUGAGAUGUUCGAUAAAGCGUCAUUGAAGCUUGGUUUGGAUAAAGCCGUUCUGCAAAGUAUGAAUACGGCACAGGGCAAAGACUCUGGCAAUAAACAGUUGAGCAAGAAGGAGAUUGAAGAUUUACUAAAAAAAGGUGCUUACGGUGCGCUUUUGGACGAAGGCGACGGCGAUAAAUUCUGCGAAGAAGAUAUCGAUGUCAUUUUGGCGAGACGUACACAGGUUAUUACUAUGGAGUCGGAGAAGGGAUCAACUUUCAGUAAAGCAACAUUUGCAGCAAGCAACAAUAGAUCUGACAUUAAUAUUGACGAUCCCGAUUUUUGGAACAAGUGGGCCAAGAAGGCCGACAUUGACACAACUGAGAAAGAUGAUAGUGAAGACUUGGUACUUUCCGAACCAAGACGUAGGACGCAAAUCAAGCGUUAUGGGCAUGAUGAAGCUGCAAUCGAUAUGUCCGAGCUUGAAAGUUCUUCAGAUUCUGAUCUAGAAGGUGACAACGUGGGAAUUGGUGCUCGAAAUCGUCGCCGAAAGGAUAAGCAACGCAAACGGCUUCGUGGAGAAGAGUACUCUUUGAAUAGAGAGAGCAAUGAAAUUGUUUAUGGGAGUUGGGCUCGCAGGGAAUGCUUCAUGAUUGAACGCGGAUUACUUACCUUUGGAUGGGGCCGAUGGACGGAAAUUUUGGCACACUCUCAGCUUCGUAAAGGAUGGCGAGAGCAGGAUGUAGAAGAUUGUGCCAGGGUUAUUUUGUUAUUCUGUUUACGUUUCUACCGCGGUGAUGAGAAAAUACGCUCGUUUAUAUGGGAUCUCAUAUCACCCCUUGAAAAUGGUGAACAGAAAAUAAGCAAGAACCAUCAAGGUCUUAAAGAUCCAGUGCCUAGAGGAAUUCGAAAUAAAAAGAAGAGUAAAGGUGCUGCAGCAGCAGCAGCCGCUGCGGCCGCCAAGGAAACAAAACACGCUGCACUUACAGAUCCAAAUCAUUGGUCAAAGAGUGAAAAGUACGACGGUGACAUUUUCUUGGAAAGUAACUACAAGAAACAUUUGAGUCGUCACGCCAACAAGGUGCUACUUCGUGUUAGAAUGCUAUACUACAUUAAACAUGAAAUAAUCGGCGACCUGGUGCAGCACAUCGCCGAUGGGGUCAACGCUAGUGCCCUGCCUAUAAAUCCGCCGCUAACGGAUCAAGUGCCGGGCGAGUGGUGGGACGCCGAUUGUGACAAGUCCCUGCUCGUCGGCACCUGGAAACACGGCUAUGAGAUGUACUCGGAGAUGCGCGUCGAUCCUACCUUGUGCUUCCUCUCCCGCUGUGGCCCGCCUACUGAUCGCGAACUACAGAACACUAACACCCAACCCGCUACGCCUGCACCUGAUGAAUUGGAGGACGAUAACUCCAACGAAGAUGGAAAGAAACUUGACGGCAAGUCUGAUGGCACUGAACCAUCGCCAGGACCAUCCGUCGGGGGUGACACACCAACUACAACUGACACCGUCGACAUCGACGAUCCGGUGGUUAUCAUUGAAGAAAAGAACAUGUGGCCAUCAGCCACCGACCUCAAUACAAGAUUGCGUCGUGUAAUUACUUCGUAUCAAAGGAAUGUGCGGCGUGAUGAACCUUCCUCGCAGACACCACCACCUGCCACUCCACCACAAUCGGUGCAACCGCCGUCAAAGCCUUCGACGCCACAACCACCAACAAUUAAGAGUUCUUCAAAGACAGUCCUGAAGCAGCCCGCUGACCAAUCCGCUUUGUCGAAUCCAUUGGCCGCCCUGGCCCAGGUAUCGCAACUAGAGGGACGAGAUCCAUCGUCGUUGAACAACCUCCACGGAUGGGAUCUUCAACAGCUUGCUCUUUAUCUUCUGAUGGAACGGCAAGGCAAGUUGGAUUCAGUAAUACGCGAUAAAGAUCGUUCGAACAUUGCUAAGAAAUGGACAAAACGUGAGGAGGCAGACUUUUUCCGCGUCGUAUCAUCGUACGGUAUCAAUUAUUACCGAAAGAAAAAACUUUUCGACUGGAAUAAGUUCAAACAGCUGGCGAAAUUGGAGAAAAAGGCUGAUGAAGAUUUGACUGACUAUUAUAAGAACUUUGUUGUAAUGUGCAAGAAACAAGCCGGUGUCAAAUUAGAUGACGAGCACUACGAUACUAGCAUUGAGCAUGUUACGGAGGAGAAAGCGCGGAGGACUUUGGAUCGACUCGAUCUUUUAUCGAAAAUUCGUGAAGAGGUAAUUACGCAUUCGAAAUUGGACGAGCGCUUAAAAGUUUGCCAGACAUCAGCGGAUAUGCCUGAUUGGUGGAUUCCCGGCCAGCACGACAAAGAUUUAUUGCUGGGUGUUUCAAAGCAUGGUUUGGGACGAACUGAGUAUUAUAUACUCAAUGAUCCAGAACUUUCCUUCCAAGAAAUUCUACGCCGUAAGGUUCAAUCUGUUAUAGAACCAGAAAAAACUGAUAUGAAAGACGCUAUCAAGUUUGAGUGCCGCGAAGAUAUACUGAAAUUUGAUAAAAAUGAAAUUCUCGUCAAACUUGAAAAAGGAGAGGGGACGUUAAAGAUUGAAAAAGUUGCUCUUAAGAAGGAAGACGACAAGGUUGAAAAACUUGAUGAAAAGGAAAACCAAGUGGAAUUGACUCUUGUGAAAACUGAGAAGGAAAUUACCGAAGAAAAGGAACCAGAAACAGCUGAAGAAGAAAGCAAGUCUACCGAUGCAGCAGAGGUUCAAGCGCCUGAAGAAAAAGGCUUCGAACAUGACGAUGAAGUGAAAGACUUAAGCAAGGAAGAAGUUAGUACCAACAAUGAAACUGAUCAGAAGAAAGAUGCAUGUGACGAAGUGGGAGUGAUAGAUGAUAAAGUUGAAGAGGAAAAGGAAAGUUCUGAGAAAGAAGAAUCUGUAAAGGAGGUAGUACCGAACGACGAAGUGGAAAAAAUGGAAAUUGACGAGAAGGAAAAGGAAACUGUGAAAAAAGAUGAAGAUGUUGUAACGGAAGAGACAAAACAGGAAAUCAUUGCAAAACCUACUGAUGAACCAUGUUCUAAAGAAGUAAAAAUUGACAAUGAUACUAAUGAACAAGAUGCUACAUCUGAAAAGAAAGAUAUUGAAGUGAAAGAGACAGAAAUUUCUGCUUCAGUAGAAGCUGAAAUCAAGCCAUCUGAUGUUGCAGAACCUGAAAAAGUUCUCAAUGUUAAAGAAGACGAGAACGUUGAUAUUUCUGAGAAAGAUGAAUGUGAUUCCAAAAUAGCCUCGGAAAAAACUGAAAAUCAGGCAGACAAAGAAGAGGGUCACCCAGAUGAGAAAUCUGAUUCUCCAAAAACUCCUGCAACCAGCGAAGCGCCCGAAGAGAAGACAGAAAACAAGACCGACGACGACAUCACUAUCAUCGAUGAUUCGAAGAAGACUAUCGACGAACCUAAGGUUAUUGAUGCUGAUUCGAAAGCUGUACCUGCUAAAGAGGAGUCUGAAGAACCCAUGUGUUUGGAUUCGAAGCAGAUUGAGAAGGAGGCAGCUCCUCCAAUGCUUUCAGAAGCUGAAAAACAAAUUAAAAAGGAAGAACUUGAAAAAGACAUUAUUGACGCUGAUCUGUGUUCCAAGCAGGCAGCGGAAUUGAAGGCCAAGUUUCCUGACUUGGAAGUGAUCCAACCGCUUUCAAGAGCUUCUACUCAAGCCCAGGCACAGGUACAAUCUGAAACGUCUGCACUUAAAGAUAAACACAGCGCUGCAGCGUUGGACUUUAGCGAAACUACCGUCGCUCAACUUUUCAAUAACGCUGCAAAGUGGCCCAAAGAGUACGCAAUUCAAGUGCGUCUUCAACACAUCAUUUACGCAAUUGAAACUAAGGAAUGGCCGGCACCUAAGAGGUUCUCUGCGUACGCCAGUGGCAUUGGUAAUGAAUAUGACAUUCCCAUCCACGAACUACCCAAUGCAGAGCCUUCAAAGCGUGAAACGGCUACACCGAUAUCAUUGGGAGACUUGGAAGUUAUCUCCGUGCCUUCGGAAUUUAAGCGCGGAGUGCCCACUUUGCAGAGCAACACUGCUGUCCCCAAUAAGAAGCGUAAGCGGCAUAUUGCUAUCGAUGUAGAAACUGAUCGCGCAAAAUUGCACGCACUUCUGAACAGCUCACAUCUUGGUGGAAACCCAAUGAGCAAACAUGGCUCUUGGGAUGACGAUUCUGAUGAUAAUCGACGGUCGAAAAACGUGAACAGUAUGUUGCAACCACCACCUGCCCAUCAACACGGUGGUACUAAGAUCACGUCCUUACCGUUUGACUUAAAAUAUACUCCACCUUUAUCAAAAACGCAAAUUGGUCAAACAACCGUUAUACCUGGUACUAGUAGCACUUUGACUCCCAUAGAUUUAAGCUCUGGGUUACCGAAGAUGAACACUUUAGAGAUACCCAAAGUGUCGAAUCAGGAUAUGCACAAUGAAGUACAGGAUUUCUCUAUGCCUUCCAAGAAGUCACAAGGCAAAUUGGGUGGGAACAAGCUAGACGAUACUUUAUCGAAGUUAAUGAAGCGGAAAAACUGCCCCGAACCAGAACCAGUUGUCGGAAAGGAGAAGAAACGUCGUAAACUAGACGAAAUUGUGCUCGGAUUAAGCGCCGCCAAGGAGCAAUCUCUCUUCAGCGAUCCUACGCCGAAAAAGCAAACAAUUACUCCAAGUGUAACUGUCAUUCCUACCUCAGCUCCCGUUAGUUCAGCACACAACCAAUCUCAGAAGCCGUUCUCGCUCACGGUUACGUCAGUGCCAUCAUCGUCUGCUUCGUCAACGUCGUCGCGUAACACUUUGCAAAACAUGAUGGCUUUAGGAGGGGGAAAAGAUUCUUUUAACGCAUUGCUGGCACAAGCCGAACAGCAAACGAUGCUGCUGAAAAAACAGCAGCAACAACAACAACGCAAGAAUUACGAAUCCCUUAUAGCGGACAUCAGCAAAGUAGCCGAUUUUAGUAAACAGGUGGGUGGGUACUCGCACGAGGCAAAAGUAAAUAAAUGGCUGGCAGAGCAAAACCCAACUUUAGCUGAUCAACCGUUGGGGGCAGAGUACUUACCAACGCGGAGACGGCGAACCCGAGUAGAUCAUCAACAGCAGCAACAACAACAACAACAGCAGCAGCACCAACAGCCACACAUGGUUGAUUGGAAGAAAUUUACUGGCGACGAGCCUGUGUCAGUUAUUCAUAAAAUGACUGGUAAGAAAUUGACAGGAAUUAAGGCGCCUAUGCUGAAAAACUUAAGCACUUGGCUUAUGGAUAACCCGAUGUACGACAUCGACCCCAAAUGGGGUGAAAUGGCUGCUAAGGAGCGUAGUUACGCUCCCGAGAUGCACAAACGUGUGAGCGUAAAUAGCAGUAGCAGCAGCAAUAAAAAGACGAAUUCUCAGGGACGUCCACCAGUAUUAUCGAGUCCAACUGGUUCUACAUCAAGUGUGAGCUCGGCAAAUUUGGCUACAUCCAUGUCUUCAAGCUUGUCAUUCCCAUCUUUAAGUCAAUCCGGUUUGAGCGGUCUGAACUCAAGCUUGCUUUCGGGGCUGUCGGGCCUAGGACAAUUUGAUCCGAAAAAUCCACUUUUGAUGCCGUUUGGGGGUAUGCCAAAUAUGAACGCAUUGAGUUCGAUGGGCGGGUUGGGUAACUUAACAAAUAUGAACCUCUUUGCUAAUCUGGCAAGCUUGGGACUACCGGGUUUAGCUGGAAUGGACCCCUCAGCAAUGACUGGUGAGACUAGUAAACCUUCGAAAUCCUCAACGAGCAGUUCAAAAUCUAAAGGAGAGUCUCAUGCAUCAAGUAGCAAAGCAGCAGCGAGCGCUGCCAGCAAUAUUUCUACAACAAAUCCAUUCCCAUUUUUCUUCCCCAAUCCGUCAUUGUUAUACACACCGCUCGGGUUAGGAGGCCUCAGCCCGUUCUCAUUGCAACCUGGUUUAUCCUAUGAUGCUUUAGCACAAUGCGGCUUAUUGAACGGUGGACUCAACCCUGCAGCUUCGCCUAAAUCGAAAAGUUCCCGAGCACAAACAACGACGACAUCGGCGACGGCAACGCAAAGUUCAGCGAGUACUAAGAGUAGUCGAGCAAGGGAUGCACAAAUACAACAGUUACUAUUACCCCCUGACACUCAUUUACUAGAGUCUUUAACUAAAGCUGCGGCAAAAGACAAAAAAGCGUCUGAUGCAGAGAAGAGGAAGGCGUUCGAAAGCUUAAGCAAAAUGUUGCCUACCGACUUUAUGACGCCGGACAAAACGAAAAAGAUUCCCGGUUUUCCAGACUUCAACAAACUUCUAGAACAGGUUAAUCCAAUGGCAGCCGCAGCCGCGGGCAGCUCUAGCAAGAAGAGUCACGAGCAACAAAUGAAGGAAGCGAUCGAACAACUAAGUAAAACCACUAGCGCUGAACUUUUAGCGCGAGCGUCCAUGAUGAGCGAUGAACAUCUUAAAUCAUCGUCUUCGAAGCGGUCACGUGAAGUUCACGAACCAGUGCCGCAUAACUUUACUAUGCCGGAAGAUUUAGCUCCUCCUGCGAAGAAAACUCGCGCAGAGGAGCCUCUGCCGAUGUUGCCGCCGAGCGUGACUUUGUCGCCAGCAAACACACCAGGACCGUCCACGGGCGGCCCGGUAGACAUUGAAGCGCUGCUGCCACCGUCGACUGUGGUCAAAUCUAGCAGCAUGCCGUCGUCAUCACCGAUAUCGCAUGAAGACAAGGCCGAUAAGCCACACACGCGUUCAUCUUCGAUCGAUCAGGAAGAACCCGAACAAGAAAAGGAAGGGGAAAAGGACACGGCGGACGAAAAUACCGAAGAUGCGCCGAAGAAGAACGCCAAACGGACUAGAGGUAAACGCAAGUCAGGUGAUUUAAUGCCCAUCGAUCCAGAAAGCAUCCGCGAGAAGAAGAAUCUGCGCAGCAGUGCUAGUCGUUCUGCGGCUGCUGCACAGGCGCGUGCCGAACGUGCCGAGCGCGAGCGGCAAAUGGAGGAGGAAGCGCUGCGAGCGCAGAGGGAAGCCGACUGAUCGAAGGGGAACAAGCGGACGCGGUUUAAUUUGUAACUCUUCAUUCUGACACAAAUAUUCACUCAUUGAUAGUUUUCAUAAGUAGAAUUUUGAUACGACUCUUUAUUGGAUUAAUUGGACUGGAGAGCGUCGAAAUGUAGUGUUUUAAAAACAUCAAAAUUGGAAAAAUGGGCUUUUUAAAAACUAAAAUAAUAUUAUUUUAGGUGCGGACUGUGAUAAACAAUAAUGAACUAUUCUUAUUAUUUUACUACCUACUUUCUACAAAAGCUACGAAACCCAAGAAUAUUAAUACAUGAACGAAGCGAACGCGGAUGCAAACUACGUUUUAAAUAAAUAACAUUUAAAAUUUGUAUACAAACUGGAUGAUGCGUGUAAUGAGUGAGAUUUUUGAGUGUGAGGAACUUUCCAAUGCUCAACUUACGCGAAAAUUGCGAGAAGACGUCAUUAAACUAAAGGGGACGCGUAUGUAUUAAAAUAAUUAUCACAUGGACGGCGCAAUGACUUGAUUAACUACGCAACAAUUAAAUACGCUUGAAUUUUGUGGAAAACGAGAUACUCGCGCAUGCUACGGAAGUGUGAAGGCUCGCGCCUACGAAAUGUCUUCGUGCACCCAACAAUUUUAACAUAAAAAUGAUAAAUAGGCGUAAACAUAAAUUUAAACGUUUUAGAUUAUUGUAUAAUCAAAUUGUAAUAAUUGUAGAUGGACUGUUUAAAAAAAACUUGAUUUUUCACUUCGAUAAGAAAUAACAUACAUACAUUGGCAUUGUGUAAAUUCUCGAAUUAAUUGUAUUGCUGCAGGCGCAUCAGUGCCGAUGAUUUAAAGCGUGAAGCGAAAAAGUUAAACAUCGUGUUUUAAAGUAUUAUUUUUAUACGAAAUUUGAUAUUCGUUCACACAAAUUGUAAAUACUUUUCCAUGAGUGCAGUACUUCUACUGGUACUUUCUUUUUCUUCUUGGCACUAGCGACAUAAUGUGGGAAUGUUCUAAUGCUAAUUGGAAAAAACAUAAGUUUGUGAAAUGAUGUUUAACUUUUUUUUAUCAUUUUGAAAAGAAAACCCGGCCUAUGACAAGCAAAAAUGUACACAAAUUAUACAUCUUUCAUGAUAUAUUAUUUUGAUUAUGACUAUUUAUUUAAAAAGAAACUGAUAAAUACAAGUAUAGUUGUGCAUUAUUUACAAAUUUGUAUAGUUUUGCACGAUCGAUAUGACGAUUUGCUAGUUUGGUAAUUGUAAUGAAGUGGAGUUAUGUUUCUAUUUGUAUAUAAAUGGGAGAUAAUUUUGUUGUUUAAAACAGAAGGUUUGCAAUUUGGUGGAUUUACUGUGUUAUUGGAAUUAUGACAAAGUGAACUACGAUGACGAGUAAGGAAGAUAUUCACACAGAAACUGUAGUAUUUGAUAAUUUGUAAUUGACUGCGUUCACUACUAAUAUCAAGAGAAGUGAGCGAUUAAGAUUUGUGAAUGAAGGACAUUUUCGAUGUAAACAAAUUCGUGUAAAUAGCAGGUGUUUCUACAUUUUAUUAUUUCAUUUUUUUUUUGUAACAUGUAUGCAUAAUGUUUCGUUUCUAAUUAUUACGACAACGAUUGGACAAACUAUGAACAUUAUUGCGGCGAACCGAUCGUUUCGAAAAACACAAUCAUGAAGUUCACGAUCACAACACGCAAAUCUACAUGCAGACUAUGUUUUGACGGAACGAAGAUGGAAGUGUUACGACUCAUUGUGUAUGUUUAUAUAUAGUUAUAUAAGUCUGAUAAUCCUAAUAUUUAUUAGGUUAUUAUAUAACGAUAGUUAAUUUUUUAUUUUUAUUAUUUUAUUAAUCACGGUUUCGAAAAUAGUGCGCGUAUUUAUUUUUUUCUUAAUAUCUCUCUAAAGCUGUUGAUAAAGUUCUGUGUACAUCCAAUGUUUGAAGAGACACCACGGAAUAAGCAAUGAUGGGCGUUUUCAGUUAUUUUAUUAUCCCUACUUUCACUCCACACGUAUACACAAUGCAAUCUACAAUUUGCAGUAUUGUAUUUACAAAUUGACUUUCAAUAACAAAAAUUAUCGGGAUUCCAUUUGAACCAUUGCAUUUAAUACUGAACAAUGACUUCAUUGAUAGAUCUGUCGUACACUAAUCUUAUUAAACUGUGCAGCAAAUAUUGUUAAACGGUGACAAAACAUAAGCAUAAUUAUCAGUAAACUCUGAUUCUUUUUAUGUUUUAGUAUAAUAUGGACAGGAGUUGCAAGGAUACAAAGUAAAAGCCGCUGUGGUGACGAUGAUUUUGUUUAUAAUUGUGUAUAAUUGCGAAAAUUAAAAUAAUACAUACAUGAUAGUUAAA